CAAAUUUUAAAUUAAAAUUCCAAUAUAUUGAAAUCAACUUUGCAUGCAGAUCAAAACUAUGGGACCAUUAAGACAGAUUACACGCUGGCCACACCGGGUUAGAAAUCUUCUGACAGUUGUAGUCAUCUUCAAUGCCAUUUCAAUUAUUCAAGCUGAGGCCGGCUCCUACACACAUUAUCGUUUACCUGCAUCGAUACAACCGCUUCGUUAUGUUCUGAAGAUUAUUACACCUUUAGACAAUGCUGAUAACUUAACAUUCUCUGGCAGCGUUGCAAUCCAUUUUCAAGUUUUGGAGGAUGCCACUAAUAUUACACUACAUGCCCGUAAUUUGUCCAUUGAUGAUUCACGUAUACAACUUACAAGCAAUGAAGAGGGGAAUUUUAAUAUCUGUCUCGAUCAAGUGGAAACUGUUCCAGAACAUGACUAUUACAUAGUGCAACUGUGCCAAACUUUAAGCAAGGACAAAGUGUAUGAAAUAGUUCUUAAUUUUUCGGGAAAUUUGAACAAUGAAUUUCAAGGUUAUUUCGCAACUUCGUAUGUCGAUGAGACCACAAAUGAGACAAAAUGGAUUACGGGUACACAAUUCGAGCCAACUUGGGCCCGAAAUGCUUUCCCCUGUAUGGAUGAACCAAAUUACAAAGCUAAUUUUACCAUAUGGCUCGGUCACAAUAAGUCAAUGGCGGCCAUAAGCAAUAUGCCCUUGGACCGCCAAAUACCUUUAGAGGAUAUGGACGGAUUUGUGUGGAGUAUUUUUGAAGAAAGUGUACCUAUGUCCUCGUAUUUGGUGGCCUACAGCGUUCUUGAUUUUGUCUAUAAGGAGUCAAAAAUCGAGGGAUCCAAAGUUGUAUUCCGUACUUGGUGUAGAAAAGAUUACAUCGAUCAAUGUGAAUAUGGGGCAGAAGUAGCCCCAACUGUUCUUAAAUUUUAUGAGGAUAUGUUUGAAAUACCUUUUCCCUUACAGAAAGUUGAUCAAAUUGCAAUUCCCGGUUUUUUGUCUAUUGCCAUGGAAAAUUGGGGUCUGAUAAUCUAUUCCGAGGGUAUUUUUCUAUUUGAGCCCAACGUCACAACUUUGAUGCAAAAGACUCCCGUUACCGGUUGCAUUGCCCAUGAACUUGCCCAUCAAUGGUUUGGCAACUUGGUCACAAUGAAAUGGUGGACCGAUUUGUGGUUGAAUGAGGGCUUCGCCACCUAUGUGUCUAGCUUGGGUGUUCAUCAUUUGAAUCCGGAACUUGACAGUUAUAAUAUUUAUUCGCUUGACAAUUUAUUGGAAGUUAUGGAGACUGACUCUAAAUCAAAUAGUCAUCCUGUGUCAAAAUUGGUUUGGAAUACCAGCAAAAUUCUUGAUCGGUUUGAUAGCAUAUCUUAUGCCAAAGGAUCAGUCGUUCUUCGGAUGAUGCACCUGACUGUUGGACAUGCCGCAUUUUUUGGAGCCAUCGGAGAAUAUUUGACAAAACAUGAAUUCCAAAAUGCCGAACAGGAUGAACUGUGGUCUGAGUUCACCGCAAAGGGUCAUCAUUUUCGUAGUAUAAGACCCGAAUAUGAUAUGAAAACCAUCAUGGAUACCUGGACGUUGUACACGGGGUUCCCUUUAGUAAAAGUUCAUCGAAACUAUGAAACUGGAUCUUUGCAAAUAUCUCAAGAAAGGUUCUUAAGGAACAAGGUAAAUGCCACAAGCGAGGAAUCCAAAGUCUGUUGGUGGGUUCCCUUGAGCUUUACUACUGCCUCUGAAUUGGACUUUAACACCACGACCCCAAAAGCAUGGUUAGAAUGUGACGAGUCGGGCAAAGGUAUUGCACUUUCAAUCAAUCAUGCCGCAAGUGCCAAUGAAUGGUUUAUUUUUAAUCUUCAACUGGCAGGCUUCUACAGAGUCUCAUAUGAUGACGGAAAUUGGAGGCUUCUACAGAAAGCCUUGAACAGUGAUCAAUUUGUCAACAUUCAUGUAAUGAAUAGGGCCCAAAUUGUUGGUGAUGCUUUGGCAUUAGCCUUUAGUGGAUAUCAGGAUUAUGAUAUGGCCCUUAGCAUUUUGGAAUAUCUAACAAGGGAGCAUGAAUAUCUUCCAUGGAAAAUAGCAUUAGAUGACCUUAGUGAAAUCUAUUCAAUGGUAAAAUAUUUUCCAAAGGAAAUCGCCUACUUUAAAACCUACAUGCAGUAUAUUCUGGAACCAAUUUAUUAUCGUAUGGGCGGUCUUAACGACACCUAUGGCAUCGAUGGGGAACCAACACAUUCUCAGAUGUUACUCAAGAACUUGGUAACCGACUGGGCUUGUAGACUGGAAUUAUAUGACUGCACUAAUUCGGCCAUCAAAUACUUUGAACAAUGGAAAAUGGCAGAGCACCCCGACGAAGAAAAUCCGAUACCCACCGAUUUGAGGACAACUGUCUAUUGUACGGCCAUUAAAUAUGGUGACGCUGACGACUGGAAGUUCCUAUGGCGUCGUUAUAAGAAGAAUCCAGCUAAAGAGGUCGAAAUGGCUACAGUUAUUGCAGCCUUAGGAUGUUCCCUAAAUAAGACAUUGUUGAGUGAAUAUAUUACGGCGUUGUUCACGGAGGAUACAGAAAUAUGGGAAAAUGAUGUAACAUUGGGCUUCGAUACCAUAGCAACUGAUGAAACUGGUUUAACCGUCGCUUGGGAAUAUCUCAUCGUGAAUAUUGAAGCAUUACAUGUAGCUCACCAAGAAAUUGACUACAUGGCGGACACUAUAUCUGAUCAAAUAAUUUCUUCCGCCCAGCUAGCAAAACAUAUCAAUUUUAUUAACACAAACAAAGAACGUUUUAAAGAUGCCGAAGUCCGAGUGAAGUACGCCCACGGAAAUGCAAAUCCGAGAAUUCAUUGGGUUGAACAUAAUUUAGAGAAAAUUAUAUCACAAAUACAGAGUCGUUUAUCAAGCAUGGGCAUGAUAUUCUCUAACACGAUGAAAAUGCAAUAGAAAAUAAAUUGUAGUAUGUUUUGUAGAUAUGUGUAGGUAAAUAGCUAAAGAUAAGUCAAAUAAAAUGUUAAAUAAUUUUAGUCUUUCA